AGCACAGCAAGAAUGAUGCAAUGAUGAAACCGAUGCAGAAAAGUAAACACACGGCACAAAAAAGACUACCUGCAACAUCCUAGAAUCAUUACAGUCGCAUCCUUGACUUCAAUGCUUUGCCUGCAAAAUUAUACGACAAAUUUAAGACAACAACGACCUUAUGACUACUGUACCGGCAGCCACCCAACAAUCGGAAGAAAAGAACGGCAACGCGAAUGACGACGUGACAUCUAGGGAUAGACGCCUUUGCGAGGAAUGUAAUGAAGAAAGUGCAUUAUACCAAUGCCCGGGGUGCUUGAUCCGAACAUGCUCUUUGAAGUGUUGUCAAGCACACAAGAAACGAACAAAAUGCUCCGGAAAACGACCUCGAGGAGCAUAUCUCCCACUUUGCCGCAUGAAUGAUAGCACGCUUCGAAGCGACUACUUUUUCAUGGAAGAAGUUUUAGAUUCUAUACCUCGUGCACGAAAGAUAUCAAAACUUGCCGAGGAAGGCAAAUCAUGUAUGAACCGUAGCAUGCAUGGGAAAAGUUCGAACCUCCAGAAAUCGAUAGCAUCUAUCAAUAAGAAGGCGAAACGAUUGGUCCAACAGGCGCAACGCCGUGGAAUCACUGUGCAGGUGAUGCCUCCAAUUCUUGAAAGGCACAAAAACAACACAUCCUGGUAUUGCGGCCCGCGAGAUCUAAUAAUGUGGAAAGUCGAAGUAGUUCUAGUGCCUACAGAGAGUACAGUUUCGUUUAAUUUGUCAGAAAAGGAGGAGAGUAUUCUGGAUCACAUCGCAAAACACAUUACUGAAUUUCACAAAAAUGACCCAAACAUGCCUACGAAAUUAUCACCACAGAAUUAUCAACUUCUCAUUAAACGGCUUCCGAGUGCAGCAAACAGUCCAAGAUACGCCCGAAUAGAAAAUAACAAAUCUUUGCGUGAAGUAUUGGAGGGCUUCAUGGUAGUCGAGCACCCAACAAUAUACUGCGUGCCUAAUGAGAAAAUGACAGAUUUUCCAAUAGGCACAAAAGAAAUAAUAGAGAGAUCAUGUGAUACUCAUUCUGAAACUGUUUCUGACAACUAUCUUCCAACCUCUGAUUGACUACAUUUGCAGCAGAUGCUACUUUCAGGCUGUAAAAGCCUCGUUAAACUCAUUCGGAAGCUUCAUGUGCUCCACCGUCAAUUUGCUCACCGCUUCAAAACCAAGUUAAAGUUUGAGAUAGCAGUUGCGAAAAUAAAUGAGAAUUGUUAGAACAAGUCGAAUCCAUUACAGAAAGUACAUUACCGCGUGCUGUAGGUGUUGCAUUUGGUUGCGGCCUUUGAAAUUCCCUAGGUAGCCAAAAGAUGGACUCGCGAUGAUGCAUUCUCACCUUUGAAAUUCUUAUGCUCUGCAGAUUGCAUCAACAUAAAUGCAGUCGACUGAGCUGUGGUAACAAAUGCCCCCGCCUGCGACAUUCGCUGAAGUGCGAUCUCUCGAUCAUAAGGCUGUUGGGAACUGAUCCCAUCCGCGAUUAGGUGAACAUCUGUUCCCUCUUCCAAUAAAUCCAAGCAAGUCUGCUGAACGCAAACGUGUGCCUCGAUACCGAAUAGAACAAUCGACUUUUUAUUCAAAUCACUUAGAUGCCGCUUUACUUCUUCCGUGCACAUUGAAAAUCGUUUCUUCUCGAACACCUUGCAACUAAGGAAAUGUUCCUUGUCUGCAAAUGUAUCUUCAACAGUGUUGCCAAAAACUUUUGUGUAUUGUUGAGUGACGACAACAGGGAUGUCCAAAGCCUUUGCCACAGAGGUCAUAUAAUUUGCAGUUCGAAUUAUUGUCUCUCCGCGCCAUGUGAUGGGGCGAAAGCGAUCUUGAAUAUCGCAAAGCAAAAAUAAGGUUUCUUCAGGCUUGAGCUUACCGAUGGAACGGCGUGCCGAAUUCAUUAGACUGGUAUUCAUCAUAGUGGCGCUGAGUGAUAGGUGAUAGUGAGAAAACCAAUAAAUCAUUAACACCAUA